AUGUCCGGCUUCGAGGUGGCAGGCGUCGUCUUGGGAACCAUUCCCUUGGUCAUCUCGGCACUUGAGCACUACAAGCAGGGCAUCUCAACGAUACGGACUUGGCGCAACUACAACCGAGAGCUCCGCAUCCUGAUCCUGAGUCUAGAAACCGAGCGGGUUAGAUUUCAGGAUGUUUGCGAAAAGCUUCUUGUUGGGCUGGUUUCGCCAUGCCAGAUCGAAUCCAUGGUCGAGGAUCCGUUUGGUCCAGCUUGGCACGAAGACGUAAUCCAAGCCAAGAUCAAGGCUAGGCUUUGGAGGUCCUUCAGCAUUUUUGAGGACAUUGUCAAAGAUAUGGAAGAAGCAACUAAGGAAAUGAUGAAAAAACUCGACCUUCAACCGGAUGGCAAGAUAAAAUGGCAAGAAGCCACUUUUGUCAUAAGAGAGUUCAAGCGUGCUUCGUUCGUUCUGAAGAGAUCGGACCAUGCAGAACAGAUGACGACGAUCAAGGAUGGAAUCACAAGUCUGGAGUCACUGAUUGACCGCAACAUCAAGAUGGAACCAGAGAGAAAAUUGAGAUCUCAAGGGCGACUCAUGAGAAUUGUCCGGGAGAUAUCGGGCAGCGUAUAUCGUGCACUACGGUCGAGCUUCCAGUGCAGCUGUGCACACGAGGUCCAUCUUGGUCUGGCCUCACGUUCAGUCGAGCUUGCGCAGAAGGAUGAAGAUGAGGAUGUCAUACAGAAACUCGCUUUUCGAUUGGCUUUGACUUACGACAAGACUGAAAAGGAAGCAAACGGCGAGAAGGACCAUAUAGGGAAGAGCAAGAGCGUCAGCUUCACCAUGUCUCACUCAGCAACUGCCACUGCCACUGCAACUUGCGUUGGACAGACUUCGACAAUGGUAGUACAGCAGUCCUUUUCGUCUUUGAGCAUCAGCUCUUCAAAUUCGGGGUUACAUGAUCAUAUCAACCUCUGCGAACGCAUUCGUCGGAGUCAGAAGCAGCUCGCUUUCGAUUGCUAUGGGCUGAUCAGAGAUCGCCGUGGUCAGAUGUGCCGGGAAUUCGGCGUCUACCCAACAUUUGGCUCAGACCGCGAUCAGUGGUCCAUAAUUCCACUGAGAGAGGUCCUGGAAAGCCCGCUGAAGUUCCCACACAUGCCGGUGUCGGCGAAGCUGCAUCUGGCAGCCAUGAUAGCCUCCAGCUUUCUUCAACUACACCAAACGCCAUGGCUUCCAGAUAUCCUGACAAGCCGCGAUAUUUUGUUCUUGAAGAGAGGGGAGGAGCUUCAAUACGAGCAUGCUUUCGUGAUGAAAGGACUCCACGAAAGGCUAGAAGACAAACAGAAAGGGAACAACUCGGCACCAAGCAGUCGCUGUCCUCCUCUGCUCGCGCUCGGGAUCUUGCUGCUGGAGCUGAACCUGGGACGCACAAUUGAGUCGCUUCGAAUCCAGUACGAGACACCUCCACCUGGGGCUCCCAGGUUAAUGUACGAUUCCAUGACGGCGCAGAGGCUGCUGCAGGAGAGGCAGAUGGAUAGCCUCAAUUACAAGAGCGCCGUGCAGCGAUGCAUCGGGGGAGAAUUCGCGCGGCCGAAGCUCGACUUGAAUGAUGAGGACUUUCGGCAAGAGAUAUACGAAAAAGUUGUAGCAUUGUUGGAGACGGAUUUGAAGAACGCGACGUGGUCUUACGACGUAGGCAUUUAA